AUGCAGAAACAAGGACGAAGAGUUCUGGGAAUUCGUGGGGGGUUUCGACGCCGUGGGACUCACGGAGACGUGGGUGGAGGAAAGGGAGUGGGAAGGGUGGGAAAAACGACUGCCAAAAGGAUGGAUAUGGAAGCACCAGGCAGCAACAAGAGAGGCAAGAAAGGGGAGAGCGCAGGGGGAAUAAUAACAGGACGCGGAUUCAACAAAGAUGGUAAUAGGGGGGGACUUCAACGCAAGAACGGGUACGAAAAAGGGAAGAGGGUGGGUGGGGGCGGGGGCACACGCAAAGGAAAGAGAAGCAAAGAACAAGACCAGAAAUGCAGAAGGAGAGGCGCUACUAGAAGUAGCAGAGGAGAUGGGAUGGACAAUACUAAACGGGAACAUAUAGGGCGACGAAAAAGGAGAAUUCACAUACGUAAAGGGGAUACACAGGACGACGAUAGACUACGCGGUGGUGAACGAAGGGUCAUGGGAAGAGAUACGAAACUUCAGGGUGGAAGACAGGAUAGAGUCAGACCACCGACGAAUUACGGUAGAGAUUGA